GAAGAGUGCUGAUAUUGGUUUUUAUUUUUGGUGACUAGGGCUUUUGUUUCUAUGUGGGGAUGUUUUUCUUCCCCUGCUCCAACCCAACCCUUGUCUGUGGUGGGCUCAAGUUUCAUGAUUGGUUCAGACCCCUCACUCUAUUUCUUGCAAGAUUAGAAACGUUUUAUUAAUUAAUAGUAAUUCAGGUGCAACACAACCUUAUAAGAGAGCAGCCCCAACCCCCUCCAUCCAUGAACUCCCAAAGCAGUUGAAAAGCUGCCUUCCAUUGAGCAUGAGACAGGCUCAUUUCCCCAUCAAAAUAAAAAAUAAAACAAUAGGGAACGCAGCGUAAGAGAGAGCCUUUUCUUCCUCGGGUUCCUCAAGCUCUGUCUCCCCCUGUUUUUCCAACCCCAUCUCUUUCCUAUCUCUUCAUCUCCUGAGCCAUCCCCCUGUCCCAUACCACCUCUCAAACUCUUUUAUUGCAUAACCUUUACAUCCAAUGCUGAAUAUAUAAACAUCAAAUUUUUCGAAAAUUUUUUGGAGUGCGGUCAAAGCUCUAAACAUCAGACACCACCAAAUGCUAGGUUCGACAGUGCCGGCAACCCCGGCCCUCCCCAGCAACAAUAACAUCACCUCCUCCUCCUUCCCCUGCUUGGAGGACGCCACCAAUAGCAAGAGGAAGAGAAGGCCAGCAGGAACUCCAGACCCGGAUGCGGAGGUGGUGUCGCUGUCGCCGAGGACGCUGCUGGAGUCGGACCGCUACGUGUGCGAGAUCUGCAACCAGGGGUUUCAGAGGGACCAGAACCUGCAGAUGCACCGGCGGCGGCACAAGGUGCCGUGGAAGCUGCUGAAGCGGGACGCGGCGGAGGUGCGGAAGCGGGUGUUCGUGUGCCCGGAGCCGAGCUGCCUGCACCAUGACCCGUGCCACGCCCUCGGCGACCUCGUCGGCAUCAAGAAGCACUUCCGGCGCAAGCACAGCAGCCACAAGCAGUGGGUCUGCGCCCGCUGCUCCAAGGCCUACGCCGUCCAGUCCGACUACAAGGCCCACCUCAAGACCUGCGGCACCCGUGGCCACUCCUGCGACUGCGGCCGCGUCUUCUCCCGGGUGGAGAGCUUCAUAGAGCACCAGGAUGCCUGCAAUGGCGGCCGAGCUCGUGCCGACCUGCAACAAACUCCGCCGCGCGCCUGCCUAACGCGGACCGCAUCGAGCCCGAGCCCUUCUAGUGACACCAAUUUCAGCAGUGGGGCGCCCACAUGGCCCAGCCUGCGAACGCCGGCUUCCGCCUCUGCUUUCCAACCUCCUCCACCAUCCGACCACCGCCGCCCCCACAGCGUCGAGCUCCAACUUCUCCCCGCAUCCAAUUCCCACCCCGCCACCACCACCACCACCGCGACCCUCUCCCCCGCCUCCCACGAGGCCCAUGCCACCAAAUUGCAGCUGUCGAUCGGACCUAGCGACAGCAAACGGGCCCCGGUCAAUGGUGAACGGACAUCAAGGACCAACGGCAAGGCUCAGGAGAAGCAAAGGCUUGCAAUGACUGAGAAGGCAUUGGCUGAUGAAGCAAGGCUGCAAGCCAAGAGGCAAGUGGAGUUGGCCGAGCAGGAAUUCGCCGAUGCUAAGAGGAUUCGACAGCAAGCAAUGGCUGAGCUUGAGAAUGCUUGUGUCAUCAGGGACAACACAAUGAAGCGAAUCAACUCGAUGCUUCUCCAGAUGACUUGCCGUGCUUGCAGGCAGCAGUUCCGGGCUAAUUCCGUCGUGCCCGCCGACGAGAACGAACUCCCUGCAGUGAGCUUUGUGUCAUCGGUUGUAACUGAGGGCGACGGAGAUGAAAAUAGCAACCAGCGCCACCCCCUGAAGAUCUUCAACGCAUAUUCGGAAGUUGAACAUGAGAGGUGGGAGAGGGGAGAGGGGCGUGGAUCUAGCAACAACCAACCUUGUGCUCGUUUGCUUCUAUUUUUUUGUUAAUUAUUUGAACCAAGGAAGAAGGUGACAAUGAUGAUGAUGAUGGGUUU